AUGCUACUCGUUAUCCCCUUCGGGAAUACCAUCAUCAAAAAGUUAAGCGAGCUUCCAACACCCAUCACACCAGAAGAUUCGGCCGUUGGCAUGGGUCCAGCUUUCACUGAGGGAAAGUAUCAUUGUCGCGACGGGAACGAGACGGCCUUCAUGCGCAUCUACAAACAGAUCCCACUUGAUGGUACCCGACUUGAGGAUUCAGAUGUGCGGAAACCCCAGGCCCGUCCACCAGGUGAUCAUGUGGAAUUGGAAGCCUUGAAAUUCCUCACAGAGCAAGAAUGCUCUGUCACUCCUCGGCUGCUUGGAUAUCGCAUUGGUCAACAAGAUGAACAUGACAUUGUCCCGGGUGGUUAUAUCAUCCACCUAGUAUGGGAACAGGUGGAAGGCGAAUCCCUUGACUUCCAGCAGUUCUGGGCUCUUCCCUACGCGACGCGGGAGAAAAUCCGCUGGAAUUUUGAAGAGGCAUACAGGAAACUUCUGAAGUUCGGCUAUGAGCCGAUUUUGUCGGAUCCGUCAAAGAUCAUCAUGGACAAGGCCACACUUGAUGUGAAAAUCUCCGGAUUCAAAUGGGCCGAGCGUGUUGACACGGACACAAAAGACACAAAAUGGACUCGAAUCAACUUCGCGAGUUUUUCUCUGGCUUUGAUCUCCUCGAAUGACGAUAGGUACCUACCUGAUCUGGCGAAUGAUCUCAGACGUGAUGCCAAGGGCUGGAGAUGGUGA